AUGUCGGAGAUGUUACUGAAGGAGAUGGAAGAAGUGUCUCUUGGUCAGUUGAAGGAAGAAGAGAAGGAGAGCGGAAGGAGUUUUCUCCUUAUCGAUGAAAAUGAAACCCUGCAGGUGGAAAAGGAAAACCACUUCCUGAGGAAACUGGGCUGCAGCGCAGCAGAAGGAGUCAAGGUGCUCUCAAUCUUCGGCAACACGGGCGACGGCAAAUCGCACACGCUGAACCACGUGCUGUUUGACGGCGAGGAAGUGUUCGCGACCUCUCCCUCUCCGGCUUCGUGUACCGUUGGAGUGUGGGCUGCGCACGAGCCUCGUCUGGGCCUGAUCGUGCUGGACACAGAGGGUCUGCUCGGCGCCUCCACAAACCAGAACCAGAGAAUGCGCCUGCUGUUAAAAGUCCUGGCUGUGUCCGACGUGGCCGUGUACCACACGCGGGCUGAGCGUCUGCACAAUGACAUGUUCCAUUUCUUAGGCAGCGCUUCAGCCGCGUACCUGAAGUACUUCACGCCUCAGCUGCGUGCUCUGUCCAACCGCUGUGGGCUCGACGUGUCGCUCUCUAACCUCGGGCCGGCGGUGGUGGUGUUCCAGGAGACCUCGCACACUCAGCUGCUGGGUCACGACACCACAGUGCCGGCGGAUAUCCUGCUUCAGAAACGUUUCCAUGACCUGAGCCUGAGCACAGAAGCCUUCAGCUCCGUGCAGUAUGUCGGCACGCAGACCAUCACACCUCCAACGGACUUCUCUCAGCUCAGGGACACCAUCACUAAGCAGGUGAAGAGCACGGCAUCACGAGCCCCACGCCAGCCAGACAUCGUCUUCAGCGCCCUGCAGGCCUUGAGUGAUCGGUUCCGCGGAGAAAUCUCUGAUGACAAAAUUAGCAUGUACUCCUUCUUUCCUGACGAGGAUUUCACCUGCCCUUCUGUCUGCCUCAGCUGCAACAUUCGUUGUAAGAAUGGCAUGAACCACCAGAAGGACCGAAUGCCACAUAUGGCGGAUGGAUUGUGCCAGUACACUCAUCAGUACAACAACAAGGUUCUUAUAUGCAAGAAAUGCUAUGAAGGUGGAAGGGAAGUGAUUGUCGUGCCCAAGACCUCCGCCUCCUCUGAUAACCCGUGGUUUGGUCUGGCGAAGUACGCCUGGUCCGGGUACGUGCUGGAGUGUCCGUACUGUGGCAUCAUCUACCGGAGCAGGCAGUACUGGGUGGGGAAUCAGGACCCCGAGAGCACUGUGGUGCGCAGUGAAGUCAAGCACGUCUGGCAGGGGUCGGAAGCUUUCCAGACAGACCACCAGAACGCGGCCCAGCGGGUGUUAGACGGAGUAAACUAUGUCCUCCAGUCUGUCUCCGAGUACAGCUCCGGUCCCACCAAAGCAGUCACAGCCUGGAUCACAGAUCAGGUGGCUCCGCCCUAUUGGAGGCCGGAUGCCGAAAUUACAGAAUGCCACGGCUGUAAGCGGGUGUUCGAGGAGGCCGAGAGGAAGCACCACUGUCGUGCUUGCGGUGAGGGUUUCUGUCAGGCCUGCUCCACCCGCAGCAUGCCUGUGCCGGAGAGGGGCUGGGGCAGGAACCCGGUGCGAGUUUGCGACGCCUGCCAUCAGCAAGGAGGAGCUCCACAAACCAUCCAGGUGGCACAGACGGAGCCCAAGGCACUUGUGGCGCGCAGGGUGACGGAGAUGGCGCAGUCGACGCUGGAUAUGGUCUCGAAUGCGGUCGACUACCCUCUCUGUUUCGUAAAGGGAGUGGCGCGACCUGACUACUGGGUACCAGACCAUGAGAUCACUCAGUGCCAUCAGUGUGCCAAGGCGUUCAGCUCGAGCGUGCCCAAGCACCACUGCCGUGCAUGCGGUCAGGGGGUGUGUGCUGGCUGCUCGGCUCAAUGCCGCCCCGUGCCGUCUCGUGGCUGGGAUCAUCCGGUGAGGGUGUGUGAUGCCUGUGCCACCCAGUUAGACUCCCAGUGA